UUCACGAACUACUGUCAGAUCAGGAAGUCAAAAUAUUUCAGAUAUGUUCCAAGCCCCAUAUAUUUUCCACUUUGAUGGGGGAUGUAAAAGAAUGGCAUAAGAUGUACGCACAUAUGCUUGAGAAUGGACCAAAAUCAGUAAAUGAAUCAUUUGAAUGCGCAUAUGCGUAUUUGACGAAGAAUCAGAGAAAUGAGGAAGACUUUGGUACAAUUAUUGCUGGAUACAACAAAAAUGAGGGCUUUCAAAUGAAAAGUGUUAGGUUAGCCCGUAGUAAAGUAAUUGAAGAAAAAGGUUCAGCAAUUGUAAUAGGAUCUGGUGCCUUCCUUACUGAAGGUCUUUUACAAGAAAUUGUCGGGAGGUAUGAUAUCAUGACAAAAAAAGAUGCUGUUGUUAUAGCCUUAAGAAUUCUGAUGAUGGGAAGUUUUUGUGACUACUUCACUGGUUGCAAAUUUAGAGUGACAUUCUUGCACAAGGGUGGUUGCAUUUCUGACACCUAUCAACUUUUAAAUGUCUACAAUAUAUUGUAUGACCCGAAGGAAGAACAAUCAACUAUGUUUUUGAUUUAUUCGACAAGCUUUGGACCAAUUUUCGGAGGUGAAAAUGUCAACGCUCUCAUAAAAGACCUCUGGUCAAGAAGACGGAACGAUAUUGUGGAGUCUAAUACCAUAGCAAAAAAAUCUCAUUUUUAUGUGAAUCGUAUUGCGUUCGCCGAUGCAAAUGCGGCUACAAAAGCAUACAAGGAACUAAUUAAGCACAAAAAAUGCAAACCCUUUCUUUCCUGAAGCUCUAGCUCAUAUGCAAAGGUGCUUAAUUGAUUGUAUUAGAGAAAAGACUGAAGAUCAUGUCUAUGUUGGAAGAAGCUCGAAAGAUUUAUUAGAAGGCCUAGGUCAGCUCGAAGAUGCAAAUACUCUCAAAUAUUGAUGAAGUUCCUCAUGUUUGUUGCAUCAUUGUAUUCAGUUUUGUAUUUUAGAGAUUGACGAGUCUUAGUGUUCCCCUGCAAGUAUGAUUGGAUAGUUAUAUGCUGGGGCCUUCUCUUUCUCAUGACCAGCUCUUUAGCAUUGUUGAUUUCUCACCAAGCUGGGUGUAUGAAAACUCUGAAAUCAAGGUAAUCCACUAUUUAAGUUUCC